AUGUUCAGAAGAAGUUUAAAACUAUUAAGUAAAGAAACCAUUACUCGUGUUAAACCAAAUACAACUAUUGUUCAACCAAUAACAAGUUCAACAACUGUUAUUAAUAAAAAUAUAAAUACAUUCGAAAAUAUGCAACCAAAAAAAUCUAUGACAAUUGAUAACAUUUGUCAAAAUGUUAGAAAUGCACAAUAUGCCGUUCGUGGUGAAUUAGUUAUUCGUGCUGAAUCAAUUUCACACCAAUUAGAAAAACAAAAGAAAGAAGGUAGCAAAGUUUUACCAUUUGACGAAAUUGUUUAUUGUAAUAUUGGUAACCCACAACAAUUAAAACAAAAACCAUUAACAUUUUUCCGUCAAGUUGUAUCAUUAACUGAAUGCCCAGAACUCUUAGAUAACCCAUAUAUCGAAAAAAUUUACCCAGCUGAUGUCAUUGCACGUGCUCGUGAAAUUUUAGGUUCAAUUAAUAAUACCACAGGUGCUUAUUCAAGCAGUCAAGGUAUUAGUUUAGUAUUAAAAUCUGUUGCUUCAUUCAUUGAAAAGCGUGAUGGUCACCCAGCCGAUCCAAGCGAAAUUUUCUUAACUGAUGGUGCUUCAACUGGUGUACAACGUAUUCUCAAAUUAUUAAUUAAAGAUCGUUCAGAUGGUAUCAUGAUCCCAAUCCCACAAUAUCCAUUAUACAGUGCCACUAUUGAGCUUUACAACGGUUCACAAUUAGGCUAUCUCUUAAAUGAAGAAAAAGGUUGGUCACUUGAAGUCAGCGAACUCGAACGUUCAUACAAUGAUGCCGUUGCUAAAGGUGUUAACCCAAGAGCUCUUGUAAUUAUUAAUCCAGGUAACCCAACUGGUCAAUGUUUGGAUAAAGCCAAUAUGGAAGAAGUUGUCAAGUUCUGUUUAAAUAAAGGUCUUGUUCUUUUAGCUGAUGAAGUAUACCAAGAAAAUGUUUAUGUUAAAGAAGACAAGCCAUUCAUUUCAUUCAAAAAAGUUGUUAAAGAUAUGGGCGGUGAAUAUGCCGAUCUCGAAAUGGUCUCAUUCCACUCUGUCAGUAAAGGUUUCGUCGGUGAAUGCGGUAAACGUGGUGGUUAUAUGGAACUCAAUGGUAUCACUAGUGAUGUUAAAGCUGAAAUCUAUAAACUCGCCUCAAUUGGUUUAUGCCCAAAUGUUAUUGGUCAAUUAGUCGUUGAUUUAAUGGUUCGUCCACCAACCCCAGGAGAUUCAUCAUAUGAACUCUAUAUUAAAGAAAGAGAUGGUAUCUAUGAUUCACUCAAAAAACGUGCUAACCUUUUAAAUAAAGCUUUAAAUUCACUCGAAGGUGUAACCUGUAACCCAUCAGAAGGUGCCAUGUAUGCUUUCCCACAAAUUCGUUUACCAAAGAAAGCUGUAGAAUAUGCCCAAUCAAUUGGUAAAGCCCCAGAUGCUUAUUAUUGUAUUCAAUUAUUAGAACACACCGGUAUUUGUGUUGUUCCAGGUUCAGGUUUUGGUCAAAAGGAUGGUACUUAUCAUUUCCGUACUACUUUCCUUCCAUCAGAAGAAGCUAUCGAAGGCGUUUGUGAAAGAAUUGCUGAUUUCCACAAACAAUUCAUGAACAAAUAUAAAUAA